AUGGAAGAUUGUAAUAUUUCGAAUACUAAUCCAACAUCUCUUGUUACUCCUUCAUCUUCAUCGUAUCAUCCAGCCCUUUCCGUAACUAAUGUCAAAUCUCUUAUUCCUCUAGUACUUGAUGUGGAUAAAGUUGAAUAUACACCAUGGGCUACUCUUUUUCGUAGUACUGCCAAAGUAUAUAAGGUCCUUGAUCAUAUUGAUCCACAGGCCAAGAAACAAGAGGUUGAUUAUAAUGUCUGGGAACAACUUGAUGCUAUUGUCCUACAAUGGAUUUAUGGCACAAUUUCUACUCAUUUCUUACUAAAAAUUCUUGAUGAAAAGGCUAUGGCCAUGACUACGUGGAAUCGCUUAAGUGAAAUAUUCUAA